ACCGCCUCAACCUUCCCUUGCGACUUCUGCGAAGCGCAUCGCCUCAAGCUUUCUGCUCUAUCACUUGGCAUCAUCGCCCGCAGCAUCGACCCUGGGAAUCCUAGCUUCACCCGCUCAGGUCUGUUUCCCCGGCGCUCCCUCCUAUCUACUACUUCUGGUGCCCGGUUCCUUCUCAGUCGGCGCUUGUGGGCCUUUAGAUUCAUUGAAUUUUCUGGUCGUUUGCUAGCUUGCCGAGUAUUGAGCGGAGUCUAGUUACAUCUUGAGUUUGUGAGAUCUAUUAGAGGUUUCUGUUUCUGCAUUUAGGAAGGUUUCUCUUUGCUUUCGCCGCUUUUCUGGAUCUAGGGUUUCGCCGCCCACACCCGGUUUUUUAGGGUUUUCUUGGCUCCUUGCUUAUGGCAGCUGGUCGACAUAGUAGGUACCGUGAUCACGAGUUCAGGGAUCGCGACGCGGAUGUGAAGCCCUCUGGGAGGAAGGAUUAUUACCGCGAUCGACUACGUGACGGUGGUCUCGAUAAGGACCGGGAUCACCCGUACCGUGAUUUGCGUGAUAAGAUUGGAGUUGCGCAAAGAAACCUCAAGAGUAGGGAAGUGAUUAAUGAUUCCUAUCGCCCUCCUCUUUCGAGCAACUUCAGUGGGGGAAGCAAGAGUAGUCAGAAAAUAAACCACCUCUCUGGUAAAGACGUGGAUCGCGAGACUGGGGAGUUGUCCAGUGGCAGCGGAUCAGAUGAUAUUGAAGCACCUAUUUCAAAGAUAAGGGAGAAUGAAAUUAAUAUUCAUGAGAAUGGGAACUCAUCCAUGGAUAGCAGGAAGAGAAAAUUCUCUCCUAUCAUUUGGGAUAGGAAUGAUGGUAAGCGAGUAACUGUUGCCAAUUCCAGCAGUAAGAGCUCCAAGAUUGAGAAUCAUACACUGCCUCCACCGCCUCCACGGCCCCUGGGCUUCAUUCCACAGCAUUGUAUUGAUUCAGUUCAACCAUCUGGUAGUCAUGCGUCACCUUCAGAUGCAGAUAUCUCUGUUGAUUCACCUCCAGCACUCUUAGCAAGUAAUAAUCAGGAGGCAAAGUUGUUGGAUGAUUUUGAAGAUGAACCUGCUCCUGCUUGGAGUAUUUCGAUCUCCAGAUGGGCAGACGGGAAUAGUGCUGUCAAUGACGGGGAUGAAAGUUUGAACACGGUCAUGGUGCCCAAAAUGAAAAAGAGUACCCCAUUAUCUUCUGGUUCAUCAGGGCAGCAUUUGCAUAUGAAAGUGGAUAGUCCUGAGCCAGGUGAGGUUAUCAUUUCAGAAAAUUCUAGAGUGGAAUUUUCUAAAUCUUAUUCAAGAGAGGAUGAAUAUGAUGAUAUAGAUGCUGAGUUGGAUAGGAACAAUCAUCUGAACAUUGAUGGUGUUGAGUCUAGUACAAGUGAUCAGCUUUCUGAUACCAACUCCGAGGAAGAAGAUGGUAGGUCCAAGACACCAGAACCAGCACAACCACCAAAAAGAUCUAUAAACAUGCUGCAAGGUUGUAGAAGUGUUGAUGAGUUUGAGAAACUGAAUAAAAUAGAUGAAGGUACCUAUGGGGUUGUCUAUAGAGCAAAGGAUAAAAAGACGGGGGAGAUUGUGGCAUUAAAAAAAGUUAAAAUGGCAAAGGAAAAGGAGGGUUUUCCUCUUACCUCGCUUCGGGAGAUAAACAUUUUGUUGUCUUUUCAUCAUCCUUCAAUUGUGGACGUUAAGGAAGUUGUAGUAGGUAACAGUGUUGACAAGAUUUUUAUGGUUAUGGAGUAUAUGGAACAUGAUUUGAAAGCAUUGAUGGAAACUAUGAAACAACCCUUUAGUCAGAGUGAGGUAAAAUGCUUGAUGUUGCAGCUGUUUUCAGGUGUCAAGUAUCUUCAUGACAACUGGGUGCUACAUAGGGAUUUGAAGACAUCAAAUAUUCUUUUGAACAAUCGUGGAGAGUUAAAGAUAUGCGACUUUGGUUUGUCUCGCCAGUAUGGAAGUCCAUUGAAACCGUACACUCCCUUGGUCGUUACAUUAUGGUACAGGGCGCCUGAACUUCUACUGGGAGCUAAAGAAUAUUCUACUGCAAUUGACAUGUGGUCUUUAGGGUGCAUAAUGGCAGAGCUUCUAUCAAAGGAGCCACUAUUCUGUGGGAAAUCUGAGCGCGAUCAACUUGACAAGAUGUUCAGGACACUUGGUACCCCUACUGAAAGCAUAUGGCCUGGAUUUGCUAAAUUACCUGGUGUUAAAGUAAACUUUGUCAAGCAACCGUAUAAUAAACUGCGUGAAAAGUUUCCUCCCACAUCUUUUAUUGGUGGUCCAACCCUCUCUGAAGCUGGUUUUGAUUUAUUAAACAGACUUUUGACAUACAACCCUGAUAAGCGAAUAACUGCAGAAUCUGCUCUAAAUCAUCCCUGGUUCCAGGAGGUUCCUUUACCAAAGUCAAAAGAAUUUAUGCCUACUUUUCCUGCUCAACAUGCUCAAGAUCGACGUCAAAGAAGAAUAAUGAAGAGCCCAGAUCCACUUGCAGAGCAGCGGAAGGAGCUACAACAAGGUGAUCUGGGUCUUUCUACCCUAUUUGGAUAGAGAAUGAUUGCAAGUCAUCACUAGGUCACGUAUGUCUUUCUACCUGAUUUGGCUAAAGGACACAAAAACAACACAGUAAUUCUAGGACAGUGCGAUCUUUUUAGUGCGAGACAGCCAUUGAAAUCUUGUUUAGCAGGCACUUGACAAAGGGUAGUGUCUCCUUUAGCUGCCAAAACAACCAUUAUGUCAAGGCAUUUUUUUGCAGCAUCAACUAUAAUGUGCCUCAAGGUGUGAUGUAUUUAACCUCCAUCCCACUGGUUAAUCCCCUUUGAUAUAUAUGCACAACAUUUGUCUUGAAAUUGUAACUGCUGCUUCUUAAGAUUGGACAGUUGGAAGCAUUAUUGAUGUUGACCAUAUUUCAUUCCGAUAUUUUUGAUUUUUUCGUUGUGUGUUUGCAAGAGUUGACCAGUCAGACGCGGUGGAUCAUUGUUUGCUUCUGGUGCACAAAUGUUCUUAGCUCUCUUCUUGAAAAGGUAAUUCACAAGCUGAUGCUUAAAAUAAGUAUUAUCACUUCUGCUACUAUAUUUCUCCAACCUCCUAUGCAUACAUGUCUUAAUUUGGUAUUUGAAGGGUUGUAUCUCUAGUAUUUAUGCAUAUAUUGUUGAUGAAACAUGACCAUUCAUGAUAUGCAAGCUCUGCAUCCGCUGAGAAGUGCACGGUCUGAGUAGUAAUUCUUUCAAGAUUAAACUGCUGCCGAACUCGUUCACCAGGAAUAUUGAGUUUUUUCUAGACUGGCAUCUGCAGCAUUUGUUCACAGGAAUUUUCACCAAAAAUGUAUUAUUGUAAGAAGGACGAUGUAUUACAAAUAAGGUAUGCUUCAUGGUUCUUUGAUUCUCCA